GGCCAGUCUGUGUUCAAAUUCUAUUUUGAAGACUUACACGUAUAAACGAAGAUUUAAGCUCUACAUCGUCGAGCACGCCAUCUGUGACAAUUGCCAUCAUGUUACAACUUUUUGUGAUUGCCACGUGCAUCAUAGCUAUAUCUGCAGAGCCACCGGUUAGCAGCUACUCAAGCGGAAGUCAUGGUGGAAGCGGAGGUUACGACUAUCAAAGUGGCCUCAGCGGUGGAUCCUUCGUGGGAAGUAAAGGAUACGCAGAUUCUUCCGAUAUCGACUUUGGAGGUUACUCAGGAGGCGGUGGUCACGGACAGUCCUUCGGAGGUGGUGGAGGGUACGCUGAUCUUGGGAGUAGUCUAGGAAGUUACUCUUCCGGUGGACAUUCUGGAAGUGGUCAUGUUGCUGGAUUUGGUGGAUAUUCUAGUGGUGGACACGAUAGUCUUACCGGUGGAUUGUCUGGAUAUUCUGGUGGCGGCGGCCAUGAUUCUGGUUUGAGUAGCUAUGCCGGAUCAGGAAGUUACUCGGGAGGAGGACUAGGAGGUUACUCUGGAGGUGCAAGCUAUUCCUCUGGUCCCAGCGUGGGUAGUCAUUAUUCAGGCGGACAUGGCAGCAGUUUCGGUGGAAUCGGCUUAGGAAGUGGCGGCCAUGGAAGCGGCGGUGGAUAUUCUUCAGGACCUAGUGUCAGCUACGUGUCUCCUGGACACGGAGGUGGAUACUCUGGAGGCGGAGGCCAUGGUAGCGGAGGAUAUACUUCAAGUUAUUCAUCACCCGCCAUAAGUAGUUAUACCUCUGGCGGACAUGGUGGCGCUUCCGGUGGUUAUAGUUUGGGCGGGGGUCACGGAGGCGGUGGCUACUCUUCCGGUGGUCACGGAGGCGGAUAUUCAUCUGGUAUUGGAGGUGGCAGUGGAAAAAUUAUUAUAAUCAAGGGAGGAAGCGGCGGUGGACAUGGAGGUGGUGGCUACUCCGGUUCCUCAAGCUAUUCCAGCGGUCCCAGUUAUUCCAGUGGUCCCAGUUAUUCUAGUGGUCCCAGCUACUCGAGUGGUUCCAGUUAUCAUAGCAAACCAUCUUACUCCAGUGGAAUAUUUGGAGGAGGUGGCAGCUACAAAGGUAAACACGGAAGUCUUGGUGGAGGCCAUGCUAUUAGCACCAGCUACUCUUCCGGUCCGAGUUUUGGUGGUGGAUACUCAUCAGGAGGACACGGUAGUGGAGGCGGAUAUUCCAGUGGUGGGCAUGGAAGCUCCUUUGCCGGAUAUCCGUAAUUCCUUCUGCUUUUAAGGCUGGUGAAAAGUGUUUCAUUUCAAUGCUAUAGUGUGACUGUUUAUAGACUUUUAAAUAUUUAUUUCACUGCUGCUUAAUUAUAGGUGAUUAGUUUGUACAUGAUUUUUAAUAAAAUGUAGAUCUCUGCGAUA